CCUCGUGCAACGUGCUAGAGUCUCUUUUAGAGUUCUUAUGUUUGGUCUUCUAAAUCAUCUUCGCCCACUAUUUAACUCCAGUAAGUCAAUCCUAUCAAGGUUUAAGCACAGCAUGCGUUUAGUUCAGUUCUUUGAAGAUGGAAGACAGAGAGUUGGGGUUGAGAUCCAAAAUGGCGGAGAUAUAAUGGAUAUCAGUGCUGGGGACCCUUCCAUUCCUAGUGAUAUGAAGUCAUUUUUGGAAGGAGGAGAAGGAAUGAUGUUGAAAGCUAAGAGGUUUGCAUUGCAUUUUUGUUACGGGUCCCAUCAUUUCUUUUCCAUAUUUUAAUAGUUAGGGGCAGCUACAGAAAUAUGAAGGGUCAAAUAGUCCUUUUAGCAUGGAUAUUUUGUUUUCCCAUUUCAGACAGAUUUUGGGUCCUCCAUGUUAGCUUAUUGGUAAUGGUAAUAGGACUGAGUGGAAUACAAUUCGGUUUGUAAUCAUACCAGUGAUUAACAGGGGGAGUCCGAUUUGUUUUAUAAUCACUCGUAUGAUUACAGACCAAAUUGGACUCCACUCAGCUCAGCCCUGUUACCAAUUAAUCAUAACUAUACCACAAUUAAUUUGUAAUAUUUAGGAUUUUAAACUUAAAACACAAGAAAGUCCAAGAGGUUUUUUGCUAGCAGUGAAAAAAGCCGUGUGUUGGCACUCGGUACCUUUCCACUUACUUAGGCAUGACAUGUACUGUCCUUUACACUGUCCUAUUAUUGCUGAAAUCACGACAGUUGAUAGCCAAUCAGAUUUGAAAAUUCUGUUAUGGUUAUGAUUAAGCUGUAAAUGUGGGCUGUUAAAAACCAAUCAGAUUCAAGCAUUUUGUUAUUGACAGAACUAAACAUGUAACUGUCAGAGGCCCCCUUGCGGGGGAGGGGGGCGUAUGUCCAUAGUCUUCUGCGUAGUCUGAAUUUCAAAACCGUUUGUUUUGCAUAUUGAGGAGGCCAUGCUCCUUUCGGUAUUUUACAAUAUUAUUGCAAUGGUUCACGUCGUUGCAGCAGUUUCAACACCAUCUUCAUGUCAUUUGUUGCCAUUUUAAAAUUUUGCCUGUCAAAGUGUUACCCUAACUUGGGUUUGUUAUAUUCUUCAUCUUUUCUUCUUUUUAUUCCAAGUUUGUUCUAAGCAUGUUACAUGAAUGAUUUCAGUGUUGUUGAUCAUGGUCAGCAUAUUCUGAAGAGAGCAGAAGUAAAGCUGAAGGCUCCAAUUCACAACCCUGGAAAAAUUAUUUGCAUCGGAAUGAACUACGUGGACCACUGCCUUGAACAGAAUGUUCCAACACCCACAGAACCCAUCCUUUUCAGCAAGUUUAAUAAUGCAAUUACUGAUCCGGGAGCACCGAUCAUUUAUCCCGAUGAAACAGAGGUUUGCAUAACACUUUGGUUUAGUUCCUUUUUGAUAUUAAAAAUAAUGAAAGAUUUGCCCUGGUGAGUUCUUUAUUUCAAAAAUUUAACACACAAGAUGCAUACCAAUUUAUUUGGCCAUAUUUUGUUUAAUUUCAAGAAUUUUAUUUUGGUUUCUUUCUCACAGGAAUUAGACUUUGAAGUAGAACUUGCUUUUGUAAUUGGGAAACCAGGAAAGAAUAUUAAGGUAUUUUGUUCAAGGCAAUUAUAGUUGAUUUACUUGUGGUUUUUAUCAUGUAGAGUCGUGUAUGAUGCCAGCUUAAGAUACGUGUAUACUAUUUGCUUCCUUGUCAGCAUAUUCUAAUAAGGGUACAUUUCUUCAGGAAAAGUGGAAACAAAAUAAUGGCCUAGUUCAGUUAUUCAAGACUAUAUUUAGGCACUGAAACUGUUUUCUGUCAUCUGUUGCAAAGGAAAAGUUGGGCCAAAAUUUUCAAGUUUUAAUGCUGUGCCUGCAAAAAUCAACAAAUUAUGGGUAGUGCUCCAUGAUAAAAUGUUUUUGAUAUGUACUUCAUAACUAUACAGGUGGAGCAUUUUGUGUAUGGGUAACUAACUUAUAUAGGCACUAAUACUAGUAAUAUACUGAAGGUUACGGAGUGCGGGUGACAACGAAAGGUCAAAACGCUUUUGCUCUAGUGCUGUGCUUUGUGUAAGUUUCUUAUCACAGAUGGUCAAAACACAUGUGAUUAGAUAUGAAAGUACAUUCUGUGAAUUCCAUACAUUCUUAGUGGAAGUCCAAACGAAUGCUGGCUAUGAGACACAUGCGUAAUAACAACCUGGAGAUUAGGAUUGCGGGCUCCUCUUGUCGCCUGCAGUAAACAAUGACUUCAGCUCAGAAUUGACCCAAAACAGCGAUAUCAUCAUGACAUGUAGCUGCUUUAAGAGCUCAGAGGUGAUUGUUGUUUACCCAUAAUUUAAAAAUUAACAUUAUAUUUCUCAGAAAAGUGAAGCCAUGGACCAUGUGGCUGGGUACACUGUGGCACAUGAUGUUAGUGCUCGGGAUUGGCAGCUAAAGAAAAAUGGUGGACAAUGGUUGUUAGGAAAAACGUUUGACUCAUUUUGUCCACUUGGUCCAGCCAUAGUCACCAAAGACUCGCUGUCAGGUAAUGAGUGUGACAAGAAGAUGAGAAAAGAAGAUGGUUAGAGCUGUGAAAGGGGAGAAAGAUAGUAAUAUUAUUUUAUAACAAACUAAGCAGCAGGUUGGACAUGAAGACAGCAAUAAUUUAUUAAGAAUUUAGUUUUCUUGUUCUGGAUGCAGCUGGGAACUGAAGUGCAGUGGGUAAUCCCACUUUAUUGUCACUUUUGAAUUCACCAGGGUUAGGCCAAACUAGACUGCAAAACAGUUUGUUUGUCUCUUUGACCUACUAUGUUAUAUGAGGGGGACAUUGGAGGGUACCCAAUACCGUGAUACCGUAAGAAUGCCAAACACUGAAUGCAGAACACCUAAUGACUCUAAUUAGGUUAGUGAUUAGGGUUAGGAAGCUGAGUGAAUCAAGUUUUAGGUCAGUUUUCCCAUUUUAAUGUCCCUAAAUGGAUCCUGAUUCACUCAGAUUCCUAACCUUAAUCACUAAAGUUCAGAGUCAUUGCAGAGAUGCCAACCUCUGGAGACCUCCAAUCGGGAGACUGUCUUUUUUUCACUACCCCCCCCCUUGUGAUUAGAUAUGAAAGUACAUUCUGUGAAUUCCAUACAUUCUUAGUGGAAGUCCAAACGAAUGCUGGCUAUGAGACACAUGCGUAAUAACAACCUGGAGAUUAGGGUUGCGGGCUCCUCUUGUCGCCUGCAGUAAAUAAUGACUUCAGCUCAGAAUUGACCUAAAACAGUGAUAUCAUCAUGACAUGUAGCUGCUUUAAGAGAUCAGAGGUGAUUGUUGUUUACCCAUAAUUUAAAAAUUAACUCCUUUAUUCUGUUUCUAAAACCUUGAUUAUAUUUCUCAGAAAAGUGAAGCCAUGGACCAUGUGGCUGGGUACACUGUGGCACAUGAUGUUAGUGCUCGGGAUUGGCAGCUAAAGAAAAAUGGUGGACAGUGGUUGUUAGGAAAAACGUUUGACUCAUUUUGUCCACUUGGUCCAGCCAUAGUCACCAAAGACUCGCUGUCAGGUAAUAAGUGUGACAAGAAGAUGAGAAAAGAAGAUGGUUAGAGCUGUGAAAGGAAAGAAAGAUAAUAAUUUUAUAACAAACUAAGCAGCAGGUUGGACAUGAAGACAGCAAUAAUUUAUUAAGAAUUUAGUUUUCUUGUUCUGGAUGUAGCUGGGAACUGAAGUGCAGUGGGUAAUCCCACUUUAUUGUUACUUUUGGAUUCACCAGGGUUAGGCCAAACUAGACUGCAAAACAGUUUGUUUGUCUCUUUGACCUACUAUGUUAUAUGAGGGGGACAUUGGGGGGUACCCAAUACCGUGAUACCGUAAGAAUGCCAAACACUGAAUGCAGAACACCUAAUGACUCUAAAGGUUAGUGAUUAGGGUUAGAAAGCGGAGUGAAUCAAGUUUUAGGUCAGUUUUCCCAUUUUAAUGUCCCUAAAUGGAACCUGAUUCACUCAGUUUCCUAACCUUAAUCACUAAAGGUCAGAGUCAUUGGGUGUUUUGCUUUGGGCGUUAAGAGAAUGCAGAAUGCCGAAUGAUUCUGAAAUUUAGUGAUUAGGGUUAGGAAACUGUGUGAAUUAAGUUUCAGGUCAGUUUUUCUUAGUAUAAUGUUCCUAAAUGGAACCUGAUUCACUCAGUUUCCUUAGAAACCCUAAUCACUAAACUCAGAGUCAUUUGGCAUUCUGCAUUCAGCAUCCUGUAAAAUACCCCUGCCACUAAUGCAAAGGUAAACCAGAAAUAAUGCAGCCCCAAAAGGAUUAACUUUAAUACCGGUACUUUAGGUUAUCUCCAUUAUAUAAUAGUGUACAUAUUAUAAUAAAUUAAGACUUCAAAGUUAAUUACCGGUUCUAACAAUGUAUUAUGAUGUGAUGUUUGUCUUGACAGUGCAUUUUUAUUUUUCAGAUCCUCACAAACUGGGAAUUCGUUGUCGUGUUAAUGGAAAAGUCAUGCAAGACUCAAACACUGAGAAUUUAGUAUUUAAAACAGAAGAAUUAGUUUCUUAUAUAUCAAGGUGAGAGUUCAUCAAGCCUUAUCACAGGAAAUUUUUAUUGGUCUACACAGGUUGUGAAGACAGACAAGGUUUUCAUUUGCUUUUAUACGUGAAAAUGUGGGUGGUUAAAAAUUGCUCUUCUUUGUUUAGAAGUGCUGAAAAUCUAUGACCAAUACCCACGAAACUUAAUAGUGGAGCUCCAUGCGUACAAAGCGCGCGAGUGGAGCCCCAUAGUUAAGAAAAUUUGGUAAUCUAUCCAUCUGAGAAAAUGUUGUUAUGACAUCAGCAUACGACCAAACGCUGACCAUACAGACUCUAGGGGAGGGGGAGGGGAGUAAGGCAUCAGCCUGUCGGGGGAGGAGCAUGUUAAAGCUGAGGUGAAUUUUUUGCAUUUCAAGCACCCCACUCAUUUUGGCAUUAAAUCACAUGGUCACGCGGACUUUGUUUUAAAAAAAAGGAGUCUUUCAUUCCACUAAAUUUUAAUGUCUACAUUAACUUGGAUAACAGGGAAAGAGCUAGAGUGAGAAAUAAAUAAUAGAGACCAAUUAUCUUCGUUGGAAGAAAAACAUGAAAAUUAGAUAGCAGCGGCAAGAGUGUACUGCACAUGCAAAGUUGUGUUAUUGCUAACUGGAAAUAAAAGUGCACUGAAUGUGCAAAGUUUGUUUUUUGCUUAUUAGAUCUACCUGUUGUUGUUUUUGUAUACCCUUCUUGUUGUUUUCACCUUGUCUACGGUAUUACUCAAUUUUAUAUUUUAUUUGAGGAAACUAUCAAUAUUAAAGAGAGCUUCUCUUUUAGCCGUGCAUGUGGCUAAAUCUAUAUAUUUAACUUGUCCUCAAAUUUACUGCAAAGAGUUUGUUGUGAAAGAUGAUUGUUCAUCACACACUUGAAUGUUGAAAACCUUAACCAUCUUAAAUGGUGUUUAUCAAAAUUUAUUGGCACUUAAUACCUCAUUAAAAUUAAAAACUGAUGACUAAACUUUAAUAUUGUUUUAGUAGAAAUGUUGUGGAGUAAAUUCUGGAAAUCAGGUUUAUUUUAGCAUCUUCUGGUGAUUUGGGUAUUAAAUUAUUAAUGUCACCCCCUUUCGCCCUCCCACCCCUGUCCCCAUGUGAAUGCUCUGUGCCUCCCUUUGAGAAUACAGUGAAACCCUGCCUUCUGGCCACCUCGGUAAUACGGUCACCUCGUUACUACGGCCGCUUUUUUUGGCCACCUGGUAAAAAACUGUCAUACAUUUUCUUGUAAAAAAACCCUCGUUAAUAUGGCCAAAUGUUUUUGGCCCAUUGGUGACCGUAUUAACAGAGUUCAGCUGUAACUGUAAACCGUGAUGGAGUACCAGCAUGUUCUGUUGAUCCUGCAGGUUUGUUACCCUGUCACCAGNUUUGAGGAAACUAUCAAUAUUAAAGAGAGCUUCUCUUUUAGCCGUGCAUGUGGCUAAAUCUAUAUAUUUAACUUGUCCUCAAAUUUACUGCAAAGAGUUUGUUGUGAAAGAUGAUUGUUCAUCACACACUUGAAUGUUGAAAACCUUAACCAUCUUAAAUGGUGUUUAUCAAAAUUUAUUGGCACUUAAUACCUCAUUAAAAUUAAAAACUGAUGACUAAACUUUAAUAUUGUUUUAGUAGAAAUGUUGUGGAGUAAAUUCUGGAAAUCAGGUUUAUUUUAGCAUCUUCUGGCGAUUUGGGUAUUAAAUUAUUAAUGUCACCCCCUUUCGUCCUCCCACCCCUGUCCCCAUGUGAAUACUCUGUGCCUCCCUUUGAGAAUACAGUGAAACCCUGCCUUCUGGCCACCUCGGUAAUACGGUCACCUCGUUAUUACGGCCGCUUUUUUUGGCCACCUGGUAAAAAACUGUCAUACAUUUUCUUGUAAAAAAACCCUUGUUAAUACGGCCAAAUGUUUUAGGCCCAUUGGUGACCGUAUUAACAGAGUUCAGCUGUAACUGUAAACCGUGAUGGAGUACCAGCAUGUUCUGUUGAUCCUGCAGGUUUGUUACCCUGUCACCAGGUGAUGUAGUUAUUACAGGAACUCCACCAGGGGUUGGAGUUUUUAGAAAGCCCCCUGUCUUUCUCAAGGUAUGUACUCUUUCUCCUGUAUCUUUUUUUCGUGACAGGAAAGUUGUGGCUUGCCUUUUAACAGCCAUCAUACAUACAGCUAUGAAGAACAGGAGUCAGAUUGUUCAAAAUUUAAUAAAAAUAGGAUUAUAACUUAACAUGUUAAACAAAGACUAGGGAAUUUCUCUGUUUUGAUAAGUUGGUGGUGAUGACAUUCACCCCUGCAAAAUCAACCAUGUGUCCCAAAAUCUGUUUAAUCUAACACAGUUUUACUUCAAUCUGAAUCUGAAGUGCACUCUACCAAGUCAAACACACCAAUAACAAUAAUAUUUUGUUUGUUUCUUUGCUUUCAGAGGGGUGAUGUAGUUGAAUGUGAAAUUGAUGAAAUAGGCUGCAUUUCAAACACAGUCCAGUAAAAGGGAUAUUAAUUAAUAUAUAGUUAUUAUAAUUAUAUUAAUAACAGUCCUGAGCACUGAUCUUCAUGGAUUGUCGCAGAGAGUAUGUAAUCCAGACCCCCUUUUCAAACAUCAGAUAACUAACUCAUUACCGUAGGCAUUUAGCAGUUCAGUAAUUUUUUGGGAAAAUCAAGAAACAAACUGUGAAUUAAGACACAAGACUCUUCAAAUCCUCUGCAUUCAGAAAGAGUGUGCAUUAAAAUCACUGUCACAAGUACGUAAUAAGACCCUUCAUCAAUACAGUCCAAUCUAUUUGUACAGUGAAACCUGCAUUAAGGAGGCAACCUCACUAUAAAGCAGACUAUAGCACCUGACUCAAAGAGCUCCAAAUGUUUGUUCCCAUAUUUUCUGCAUUGAACAGUACUAGUAUAACUCCCAUGGGUGUCUGCUGAAAUUAUGUUGGUUUUACUAUAUCCAUAGUUCUUGUUUUGUUGUGUCCCAGUAUAGAGUUAGAGUUUUGCGUGAAGUGAAUUAAAGUAUGUUUUAUCAUCACCUUGUUUCAAAACGUUUCUGGAUAACCACAGGCCAAUCCAUUCUUGUACAACAGUAAAUUAAAAAGGCCUAUGCAAUCUGGUACGAUUGGUUAUGACCAGGAUGUAAUGCUAAUGCACCCUUGUAUAUCUCAGUUUUGCUACUCGCUGCAAUGUUAUGAAUGUAGUAAUUCAACUUUUCUUGUUUUAGAAGCUAUAGUUGCCAAUAACCAAUGUGUUCUUGUCAUAGCUUUUAUUCUGUUUUGGAAUUUAAGACUGAGGUUAAUAUGCUUGUGUAAAUGUAACCAGUUGAAAAAAUCUGACAAGUCUCUAAUUACCACCACAUAAUCUGAUAUGGGCAACAGAUUAAUAAGUGAAUGUAGUAAAUUAUGAGAACAC